AUGGGAGGCGAGAUCCACCAGCCAGGUAGUGACGAUGGGUGGCAUGGGGUGAUCGCUCCUGGUGGUCGAUUUGCUCCAGAAAAAGAUCGCUAUCAUCUAUAUUUUGGACUUUUCUGUCCCUUUGCUCACCGAGCCAACCUGGUCCGUCAUCUCAAAGGCCUUACCGCCAUUGUUCCUACGUCAAUCGUCCGACCUUAUCCUAGAGGCGGUGACCAAAAAUUCCCAAGCUGGAUCUUUCCCGAGAACGACGAUGAAUAUCCCGGGGCCACGCCUGAUCAUCUUUAUCAUAGUAAAUAUCUUUCGGAAAUCUACUUCAAGGCCGACCCGGAUUACCAGGGCAAAUACUCAGUCCCUUUACUCUGGGACAAGAAAUUAGGAACCAUCGUGAACAACGAGAGCGCCGAGCUUCUUCGUUGGCUUCCUACAGCCUUUGACAGCAUUCUGACGCAUCCGAUUCCGCUUGAUCUUUAUCCUUUGGAUCUUCGCCCUGUUAUUGACAUGAUUGGCCCCUGGCUUCAGUCCCAUCUAAACACAGGAGUCUAUAAAGCUGGCUUUGCUGCAGAUCAAGUGAUUUACGACAAGAAUGUCAUUCCCGUCUUCGGAGCGUUGAACAAGCUUGAGCAGCUAAUUCACGCAAAUGGUGGACCUUUCGUUCUGGGGGAGCGGCUAACGGAAUUGGAUAUCAGGCUGUAUGCGACGGUAAUACGAUUUGAUAUGGUUUAUGUUCAGCACUUCAAAUGCAAUCUCGGCACUGUACGACACAACUACCCCGUCUUGAACACCUGGCUCAGACAUGUAUACUGGGCUGUCCCUGGAUUCAAGGAUAGUACGAAUUCGACACAUAUAAAGGAAGAUUAUACGAAAGGCAUGCCUGACAUCAAUCCCAAAGGCAUCACACCUAUGGGCCCUUAUCCCGACGUUGAAGUUGGUGCGCCUAGUAGGGAUGAGUGGAAGAAUCUCAAACCUGGUGGUAUUAAGUUGGAGGAGGUUCAGAAUGUUGCGGAGAAGCUGCCCGCGUGA